AGCCUCCCGGUCAGACGAAUUUCUCCCAAUCGGAUGAAGUUCACCCUGGGCCUGGGGUCGCGGGCGUGGAGAGUGUCCUGGGAGGGGGCAGCAGAGGCGGCGGCAGGCCCUGGAGCGGGCGGCAGAGCGCUCGGCGGCCGCUCACAGCGCGUCUCCAGCCCGCGGCUGGGCCGCCGCGGCUCUCGGCUCUCGCGCGCCCUCCCUCUAUGCCUCUCCCGCGGCGGCGGCGGCGCCCAAGCUCUCCCGGACUGCGCCGGGCCCAGCCCCGGCCACCCCGGCCACCCCGGCGCCAGGCAGCUGACCGGCCCGCGCGCUAUGGAGCAGACGUAUGGCGAGGUGAACCAGCUGGGCGGUGUGUUCGUCAACGGCCGCCCCCUGCCCAACGCCAUCCGCUUGCGCAUUGUGGAGCUGGCGCAGCUGGGCAUCAGACCCUGUGACAUCAGUAGGCAGCUCCGCGUAUCCCACGGCUGCGUGAGCAAGAUCCUGGCGCGCUACAACGAGACCGGCUCCAUUCUGCCCGGGGCCAUCGGGGGCAGCAAGCCCCGCGUCACCACUCCCAACGUGGUCAAGCACAUCCGGGACUACAAGCAGGGAGACCCUGGCAUCUUUGCCUGGGAGAUCCGCGACCGGCUGCUGGCCGACGGCGUCUGUGACAAGUACAAUGUGCCCUCGGUGAGCUCCAUCAGCCGCAUUCUGCGCAACAAGAUCGGCAGCCUGGCGCAGCCCGGACCGUACGAGGCAAGUAAGCAGCCGCCGUCGCAGCCUACGCUGCCCUACAACCACAUCUACCAGUACCCCUACCCCAGUCCCGUGUCGCCCACCGGCGCCAAGAUGGGCAGCCACCCCGGGGUCCCAGGCACGGCGGGCCACGUCAGCAUCCCGCGCUCAUGGCCCUCGGCACACUCGGUCAGCAACAUCCUGGGCAUCCGGACGUUUAUGGAGCAAACAGGGGCCCUGGCUGGGAGCGAAUGCACCACUUACUCUCCCAAGAUGGAAGACUGGGCCGGUGUGAACCGCACGGCCUUCCCCGCCACCCCCGCAGUGAAUGGGCUGGAGAAACCUGCCUUAGAGGCAGACAUUAAAUACACUCAGUCGGCCUCUACCCUCUCUGCCGUGGGCGGCUUCCUCCCCGCCUGCGCCUACCCGGCCUCCAACCAGCACGGGGUGUACAGCGCCCCGGGAGGCGGCUACCUCGCCCCGGGCCCGCCGUGGCCGCCGGCGCAAGGCCCACCGCUGGCGCCCCCCGGGGCCGGCGUAGCUGUGCACGGCGAACUCGCGGCAGCAAUGACCUUCAAGCAUCCCAACCGAGAAGUGGCUGACAGGAAGCCUCCCAGCCCCGGCAGCAAGGCCCCGGACGCCCUCAGUAGCUUACACGGACUGCCCAUCCCGGCCUCGACCUCCUAGGGGCAGCUCUCCCCGGACCCGAGCUUGGAGGGAACGGCAGGCGGACCCGGGCGCACAGGUCUGCGCAGCGGCCCCGGCAAGCUGCGCGGGCAGGACCGGAGGACACGCGGCGGAGGCGGAGGAAGCCAGCGCCGGCCCCCGGGGUGCACGCCCAGCCAGCCCCCAGGCCCAGCCCUGCCUCUGUCCGGACCCACCACACUUCCUUUAUUGGCCUGGGUUUUUAGGCUUCUCUUAACUUUGGCUUUAGACUGUUGCACCCUCCUCACAAUCCUUGCUCUGACGUGGCCUCCCUCGCUCUGCCAGCCUCAAAUUUCUUUUUUGUCACUCUCUUGUCCGUCUCCGUCUCGCCUCUCUCCCUCUUUCCUUCCCUUCUCUUUCUUUCUCACUCUCCCUCCCUUCCCUUUCUCUUUUCUUUCCUCCCUCCCUUCCACCCCCGGCUUUCCCUGACCUUCCAUGACUCCCUCUGCCCUUCCACUCUCUUCUCCUUGCUCCAACCUCUGCUCCAGUCCCGCUCCUUCCCCUUCUCCUCUACUCCUCUAUAUGCUCUCAGCCCUUUUUCCUGGUCCAUCCCCGUCUUUCCCUCUCUCUCUCUCUUACUCUACUGUUAAGGGCCCCAAUUCCCUUUGUUUUACUGCUUCCCCAACCCUCCCUCAGUCCCUGAGAGCCCUAGAGCCAUCUCGGUGACAGUCCCUUCUUUGGCACCUGGGACUUUGUAGCCUUCACUCCUCUGAGACCCCCAGCCCUAAUGGAGGGGAGCUCAAACCUAGGAAGUGGACAGAAAAGCCACAGCCUUUAUUUUAUAUAUAUUUUUUGUAAUAACAAACCCUAAAAAAUCCUCCAUGAACUGUCCUCUGCCUUCGAUCCCCGCAGUAUAUUGUCUGGAAAUCUGUUUUCUCAGAGCCCAGUGGCCGCCGGCCUUCUCUUCCCUUCUGAGAUGAUGUCACCCCAAAGAAGACUGGGAUAGGAGUAGGGAGCACAGGGGUUGUUGGCGUUUUCUGUGCUUAGAAAACUGGAUGUCCUGCAGGUGUCUCCUCCCAUCCCUCCACUCAAAACACUUGCCAGGGAAUCAAACAAAUGGUAAACACAUCAGCACUUUUUGGUGUUCAGGGGUCAGCACAUUUGUUAAUUUAAACCACAAACGGCUUCCAGGUACAAAGGUUCAUUUGGACUUCUGGUUUGCAAGGGAUGAGGGUUAAAAACAAAACAAAACAACCCAGAAAGCGUCUUCUAGAGCCAGCUGCAAGAGCUGUGAAGUGCUUCCAAGUUAGGUGAGCUGGUGGUGGGACCCUGGACAUAAUGCAAUUCUGUAGUCACAGCAAUAUCCCUGGCGAGAGCCUGACAUCGCCUGUUAAAGGUGGCUGCCUCUGAAUAAAGGAAAGCGUCUGAAAGGUGUGUGGUGAGGUGAGCAAGUCUGUUUCUGAGUGCAGAGUGUUGAAUUCUUACUCCGCAGCUACUCUCUCCCCUGAGUUUCCAGGAUGAACACUAUCAAGGGAAAUUAUUUUCUUGGUUUCCUCAGGAGCACCUGCAUUCCAGGGUGGUCAAGAAGUGGAAGAGAAAGCGAAAUGGAAAUGGGGAAGGCAUUUGCCAAUGGGGUGGGGAGCCUCUUCUUCCCUCGCAAGGGAUGGGCCCUGAGAAACUGAGCUAGAGAGGAAAUAUGCAGAAAUCAUCUUAAAAUGCAGUUAAUUCUGAAAAGAGUAAAAUGGGCAAAAGGCAAUAAGCCAGAAUGGAGGAUUUCUUCAGAACAUUUCUAGUAUUCUAAAAGCUAAAGAAGACAAUCCCAGGCUACCAAGUAAUCUAGGGGGUUUGCACUACAAAGGGGCUUCUGGCUAAUUUUUUUUUUCCCUCUCUCUGUUUGACUUUCUAAAACUGUUGGAAGAGAUUUUUGAAUUGAAGUUGCUGUUUGUGAGUGGAGCUGCCUGCUUGUUGUGUGCACUGGACCCACCUAGGGGACCAGUGGUAAACUGUUUUUAUUGCAUCUCUUUGUGAUAGUACCUGUUGAAGGUAUCAAUUAGAAAACAGUACUUACUUUUUUCCUAGAGAGACUCUUCUUCUCAGAUUCAAAGUCUCUUGUCUUUUUUUUUUUUUUUAAAGUUUCAUUUUGUAGACAGUGUUAGUGAUGGCUAGAGAUUUGAUUUAUUUUCUCUAGACCACAUAGCAAGGUAUGAAUUAGUGGGCUUGUCCUUGGAAACUGGGUGACACUAUCUCAUCAGAGAGGCAGGAUUGAGACUUGGACUUUGAGACUGAGGUCAGCCUUCCAUGGCAGCAUAUCCUCUAGAAGAGCUAGUCAUACUGAUAAUAGGAAAAAAGUAUGACAAAGAAGUAUAUUCCCAAGUCCCCCAUCCUCUCAGCGUGUCUCCUUGUGCUUAUAUGAGCAUUGCAUGCUCAGUUGUGACAUCCUGGACAGAAUUUUCAUGCACCCAUUUGUGAUGCCUGGAGAAGGACUGAUUUUCUCAGGCCAGGAGGAAGACAUCACAUCCUUUUCUGAAGGAAUGAGAAGAAUCUAUAUGACAACUUCUACCUUUGAGUUGUCACCAUCCUCAUUUCCCUGCUAUGGCCCACUUCUGUGUUUGAGCUGAUCAGGGUUCUGGGGGAGAAGAGCUGGGAAAUGCGCCCCAGGAUGGAUGCAAAGCACCGGUGUUUUAAGUGCCACCUGCAAAGGAAGGCAUUUUUCAAAUCUGCCUCUUGUUCCCUGUAUCCUGUGGCUGGAGGCGGGUCUUUGAGUUCCCUGGCUCUGGGGGGAGCAUUCACAGAGGAUAGGCAACCUUCGUCUCAGAGCCAGCAGGCUCUGGCAUUUCAUGUGGGGUGUGGAGGGACAUACCCCCUCUCUCGUGGCUGGGGGUCACAGAAUGUCUCAGUGAACUUGGCUUAAAUCUCUGCUCCACUGUAUGUGUCAGGGGACUGGGACCUCUCUGAGCUUGUCUGUGAAAUGUAGCCUUCAAUGCAGUAAUGCACACGGUGACCUGCCCUGUAGGAAGACUGGCACUGGUGUGGCUUCACCUCUUUGGAGACAAUUUUGCUUAUCUUUUAACAAAAGUUAGAGGAAUCACUUGUAAGGUUGGUGGGAGACCCAGAAUUUAAAUAUUUUCCAAAAGAUCCCAUUGGAAUAUUGCACUUUUGCUCUUUGUUCAUAUGGAUCUGUGGAGGCAUUGAGAGCUCAUAAUAAAAUUAUGCAGCACCACGUCAGGUAGAAUAAUUUGAGAAACAAUCACUCCCUAAACACAGUUUGUCUUUGCCUUUUAUUUUUUUAAUUUGAGAAUAAGUUUUUUUUGAAGAAAAAUAUAGAGAUGUAACCCCCCAAAAUAAAGACAUAAUCACUCAAUAGCCCUCUGAUUUUUUGAAAGAAUAGAAAUAAUAUAUGUGUAUCACUAAAAAACUCAAGCAGUACAGAAACAUUAAAAUGAAAAGUGGAAGUUCUUCCUACUCUUAUCUUUGUUCUUAAAGGUGAAUGCUGUUACAGUGUUUUGUGAAUCUUUCCAGCAAAAACAUGCAUGCGGGAAAGUAUCUGUUUCUGUCCAUGUGUUAUUUAAAGGCGCACCCUAAUGAGUUGUGCUGUGCACACACACAGACAUGAGCUGAAGAUUUGCUGUGUGUACCACCAGCUUCAGCUCCAAUGUAUCCACUUUAUUCUUGUACAUGGAUGUCUAUUACCAAGGAUUUAUUAAAAACAGGGUAUUUGUAAAGAGGGCCAGCUUCGUGCUUUAAAUGAAUAAAGACAGGAUUUUGUUGUGUUCAUUAUUGGAGGAAGUACUUGCAAUGGAUUGUAGUAACUUCCCUGCCAAAGGUAGCUGCUUUUUGGCAAGAAGUAAGGAAAACAAACCAAAGGAAAGGAGGAUUGAGGAACAAGAGGCAUGAAGUUUUGCCCUUCUUGAAUAUGCCCUGAGUUGUUCUACAGAUCACUGAAAGGCAUUCGAAGAUGUGAGGGGAAGGUUUCCUCUCCUUUGGAGGGAGUCAGUCUCUCUGGGCCAGGAAAGAGACAUGGAGGCAGAGGGGUGCGGCAAAACCUUGUCUGAAGAAAUACCGGCUACAAAUAAAGUUUAGAUUUUCAAUA